AGUGUAAUGUUUGUACAUAUAUUUAGAAACUUCCAUGGGCACUUCCUUACAAGAACUGGACAACAAAGCCCAAGAAUAUCGUCAAGCAAUCUAUGAAAUGGGAGGAAUAUUAAUUUAUAGAAUAAUGAGGCCAUGGAUAGCUUCCGAUACGAUAUUUGCACUGACGUCAAUGGGAAGAAAGCAAGCUAAAUGUUUGAAAAUAUUGCAUGCAUUUACUGAAAAAAUUAUUGAAGACAGAAAACAAUAUCAUGAACGCACUAAUGGACGAUAUUUAAACUUUGCAAAUGGAAUGGAUAAACUUGACGAUAACGAGGUGAUAGGAAUAAAAAAGAAACGACUCGCUAUGCUGGAUCUUUUAAUAUCACUGGCUCGUGACAACCAAAUAACUGAUCAAGACAUUAGAGAAGAAAUCGAUACAUUCAUGUUUGAAGGACAUGAUACUGUAGCGAUGGGUAUAACUUUUGCAAUACUGACAUUAGCUGAGCAUAAAGAUAUUCAGGAAUGUGCCAGAAAGGAAGUUAGUGAUAUCAUGGAAGCAAAUGAUGGAAAACUUACUAUGUCAGCUUUAAAUGAAAUGUCUUACUUAGAAAGGUGUUUGAAGGAAUCAUUAAGAUUACAUCCUAGUGUCCCUUUCAUAUCGAGAGUCUUAUCAGAAGAUGUAAAGAUGCAAUGACAAAUUCAACCAUAUAUGAUAUGUUGACUUUCCGAGAUGACCGACCAGAUGACCCUUCGAGAUACUACUAUUCCAGACAAAAUAAAUGGAAGCCAUGUGAAUGAAGAAUUCGUAUGCUGCUUUGACUUAUAUCAGUUUUGUGAAAAAUAUUGACUGUACUAAUAUGUGGAUUAAGAG